UCCGGUUCCAGCGGAGCCUCAAGGACGCGGAGAUGGAAAUCCCGAGGCUGCUCCCGGCUCGCGGGACGCGACAGGGCGGCGGCACCGGCAGCCCCCGGGGCGGCGGCCGGAUCCACGGAGGUCCUGACCCCCGGGCCGGCCAGGCCCCCGCGCGCCGCCUCCUGCUGCUCCGGGGCCCCCAAGAUGGCGGGCCCGGGCGGCGGCGUGAGGAGGGCCGCGCGGCCUCCCCAGGCCCGGGCCCUAGCCCGUUGGCGCUGAGGCCCGAUCACGCUGGAGGCGUCGGUGGUGGCGGUGGCGGCGGCGGCGGCGGCGGCGGCGACGACGAUGACUUCUUCCUGGUGCUGCUGGACCCGGUGGGUGGUGACGUAGAUACCGCGGGCGCCGGCCAGGCCGCAGGGCCCCAAUGGAGGGAGGAGGCCGGGCUGGGCCCACGGCUGCAGGGGGGCGAAAGCGGCGCGAACCCCGAGGGCCGCCCUGCGCUGGGCCCCAGCUGCCUGUCCGCUAUCCCCGGCCCAGUCCCGGCCCUGGCCCCGAUCCCCGCCCCAGGCCUGGGCCCCGCGGCGGCCUUCGCGGGCACCGUCACCAUUCACAACCAAAACCUGCUGUUGCGCUUCGAGAACGGCGUCCUCACCCUGGCCACGCCCCCGCCGCCAGCCUGGGCGCCUGGGGUCGCCCCUGCCCCGCAGCCCGGGGGUCUGAUCGCCCCGCAAGCGGGGAUCCCGCACGCCACGCAGCCUGGCGACUGUCCCGAGCUGCCGCCCGACCUCCUGCUGGCCGAGGGGGCCGAACCCGCGUCCGCCCCAGCGCCCGAGGAGGAGGCGGAGGGCCCGGCUGCAGCUGAGAGCCCCCGCGGGCCGCCAGGCCCGGGCCAGGGCGUGGUGCUGUACCUGUGUCCUGAGGCGCAGUGCGGACAGACCUUUGCCAAGAAGCACCAGCUAAAGGUGCACCUGCUGACACACAGCAGCAGCCAGGGCCAGCGGCCCUUCAAGUGCCCCCUGGGUGGUUGCGGCUGGACCUUCACCACCUCGUACAAGCUCAAGAGGCACCUGCAGUCACACGACAAACUGAGGCCCUUUGGCUGCCCGGCAGAGGGCUGUGGCAAGAGCUUCACCACCGUAUAUAACCUCAAAGCGCACAUGAAGGGUCAUGAGCAGGAGAACUCAUUCAAAUGCGAGGUGUGUGUGGAGACCUUCCCCACGCAGGCCAAACUCAGCGCCCACCAGCGCAGCCACUUCGAGCCUGAGAGGCCCUACCAGUGCGCGUUUUCUGGCUGCAAGAAGACGUUUAUCACAGUGAGUGCCCUGUUUUCCCAUAACCGCGCUCACUUCAGGGAACAGGAACUCUUUUCCUGCUCCUUUCCUGGCUGCAGCAAACAGUAUGACAAGGCUUGUAGGCUGAAAAUUCACCUUCGGAGCCACACUGGUGAGAGACCGUUCCUUUGUGACUUUGAGGGCUGUGGCUGGAACUUCACCAGCAUGUCCAAACUCCUAAGGCACAAAAGGAAGCACGAUGAUGAUCGGAGGUUCAUGUGCCCUGUGGAAGGCUGUGGGAAAUCUUUCACGAGGGCCGAACAUCUGAAAGGCCACAGCAUAACCCACCUGGGCACAAAGCCUUUUGUGUGCCCGGUGGAAGGCUGCUGUGCCAGGUUCUCUGCUCGCAGCAGCCUCUACAUUCACUCCAAGAAACACCUGCAGGAUGUGGACACUUGGAAAAGCCGAUGCCCAGUCUCCACUUGUAAUAAACUCUUCACAUCCAAGCACAGCAUGAAGACCCACAUGGCCAAAAGGCACAACCUGCGUCAGGAUCUCUUAGCUCAGCUAGAAGCUGCAAAUUCUCUCACGCCCAGCAGUGAACUUACCAGCCAGGGGCAGAAUGACCUCAGUGAUGCAGAGCUUGUGUCUCUCUUCUCUGACGUGCCUGGUAAUAGUUCUGCUGCAGUACUGGACACUGCAUUGGUGAACUCUGGGAUCUUGACUAUUGAUGUGGCUUCUGUGAACUCAACUCUGGCAGGGAACCUCCCUGCUAAUAAUUCCUUAGGGCAGGCGGUGGAACCUCAGGCCUUGAUGGCCACCAGUGACCUUCCUCAAAGUCUGGAUACCUCACUCUUCUUUGGAACGACAGCCGCCGGUUUUCAGCAGAGUCCCUUAGAUAUGGAUGAUGUCUCAAGUAUAAGUGCGGGGCCCUUGGGAUCUCUGAGCUCUUCGGCUGUGAAAAACUCAAGUCAAGAGCCCCAAGCUUUGAUCCCCAGCGGUAAGCUAACAGUAGACACAGAGGCUCUGACUCCUUCAAGCACCCUUUGUGAAAACAGUGUCUCAGAACUACUGCCGCCAGCCAAAACGGAAUGGAAUGUACAUCCUGACUCUGACUUCUUUGGACAGGAGGAAGAAACUGAGUUUGGAUUCUCCAAUUCAGCAGGAAACCAUGGGUCUCAGAAAGAAACAGAUCUUAUCACAGUGACUGGCAGCUCAUUUUUGGUAAGUCUUUGUCAUGGUCACCAUCUCUCAGCCAUUCAGGACCUGGCCCGUUUUUCAGUCCCAAUAUUUACAGCAAGUCUGAGUGUGCAUUAAGAAAUUAUUUUCUGGAUUUAGAGGUCAGUGUGUGUAUAUAUGAAUCAAAUAAUAGUGGAAAUAUUUUAUGUAUGGUUUUAGUGAGACAUAUAAUUCUUCUAUUUUUCUAUAUUUUUUCAUCAUGUUGUUCUGCUAGCAAACACUAUUAGUUGCUCUGAAACAUUCUAAUCCAGUACUGUUUGUAUGUACAUUUGUUGGUAACAAUUAUUUAGCACUUUGGCAGUGCACUUUAUAAUUUGCCGUUUUGAAAUGCAUCUGUACUGUCUAAUUUUUAAAUUGGUUGUACUCAUUCAGUGAAAUAGCAAAAAAUAUACAUAAAUUUGUAAUCCCAAAGAAAUGGUCAAAGUGUGAUUGUUUCUAACCAUUUAACAGUCUCCCUCAGCACUUUGGAAAGAUUUUAAGCUGUUGUCAUUAGUUAAGUCCUCUUAAGUAAGUUAUUCUUCUUUUCCUAUAGAUAGGAAUGUAGAGACCUGAGGUGAACAUGCACGUCUUAAUCAUCUGUUAAUAUAUAUAUAACCAUAAAAAUACUUUAAAAUCCUGUCAUUUUGU